AUCGUUUAACACAAGACAAAGUUUUUGAUUGAACCUUAAGCGGUGAUUAAUUUUAUAAACUUUAUCUCUUGGUUUUCUCCCAUCUAUCGUCAUCCUUGAUUUCUUCCUUAUGGUGAUAUAGACUUUCCUUCCUCCUUAUAUAUAGUAGUCCUCUGUGCCUUCUUCCCCUUACCUCUGUCUCUUUUCUUUUUUUCUAUAAUUGCUCUUGCUCCCAUCAUGGCUCAUGAACUGUGGGAUGACCUCCAAUACAUGGUUUUGGGUCGAGAUGACCCAGAACUGCUCAUACCACAUACUGCUUACGCUGGAGUUAUGGCUAGGAAUCGAAUAAGUCUGAUUGGCAAACCCCUUAACUUGAACGAUCAACCGCUAAAGCUUGUGAUACAGGAACUACCACGACUAUGGGGCUUAACUAAGAAAGUUCAUGGACGUAUACUGGAUGAUAGCUAUGUGCAGUUUCGUUUUCAACAAGAAGAAGAUAUGGUUUCGGUGCUGAGACAACAACCAUGGUUGGUUAAUGAUUGGUUCGUGGCGCUACAAAGGUGGGAAGACUUCCCAGGUGAGAAAUUUCUGACGUAUAUAGACCUCUGGGUUCAGUUACAUGGAAUUUCCUUACCUUAUGUUUCUGAGAGGACAGUCAGAUACAUCGCUAACACUUUAGGGGAUGUUGUUGCACUUGACUUCAAUGAAGACACUACACCUCAAAUUGAUUUUCUUAGGGUAAAAGUUCGAAUUAUCUUCACAAAUAGGCUCCGUUUCUUUAGGAGGGUUAGGUUUCAGUCCGGGGAACGUGCUAUGGUGGGUUUUGAAUAUGAAAAACUUACAAAAAUCAGCAGAAACUGCAGCCGCAUAAACCACCACUCUCGAUCUUAUCCUUUUCUGGCUCUGCUAGUUGUCCCUGCAGAAGAUGAUGAGGAACUUUUGGUUCCGGUGUGGGAGGAAGGACAACGGUCUCAUACUCCUAGUCGAGGAACGGGUAACCGGAGUUCAGAAAGCUCGGAUAUAUCUUCGUACUCACCUAUCUCUCAACCUCCUCGUUACCCCUCUCCUUUACACAACGACUUCCAGACAGCUACAGAGCAACCUUUUCACAAUAUGGUGGCCACAAACCUUAAGGGUAAACAGGAGUCUACGGGAUCCAACGUUGUCAGAGAUUCCCAUGUCAAUCACCGUUUUGAAGUGGGAGAGAGCUCUAAGAGAAAGAAAGGCAAACAAAUUGCCUCAGAUCAGGAGAGGAAUACUAGCCCUCGCAGGAAAGAGAUGGGAGUCAAGUUUUACACGGGCUGUUUGAAUUUUUGGUUGUACAUGAAGAAAGAUAGAUGUUUGAACAAAAAGGAAGCAUGAUGUUCUUCCGCUGACUACUUUUUGAAGACAUUCGGCUACUAAUUCUCUGAAAGAUGCAGCUGUGAUGAGUAA